CUUCUUUUUGAAGGUAUAUAUGCUGAUCAAUCACAAGAGACAGCAAGGGGCCUGCUUUUGGUGAUAUAAACCAUCAAUCGCGUGCAUCCUGUUGGUGGUAUUUGCUAUGCCUCAAUCUCUCCCCAAUAAGUGCUGCCGCUUGAUGUCGGGAGUUAUGCUGUUAGGAUUUGGGAUGGCAAAGCAGCCAUUGGAUAGGUGCAACAACUGACUGAAGUGAGAGGUGUAGUUUUGAGUCAGCAGUGAAACUGAAAGUUUUGAUAUGGAAGAUGUAUCUAUGUACCGAGUUCCAGUUAUCUUAUAUAGCUUAACAGAGUCUUUUCUGAGAAGUAAUUUAAUAGUAGUGUCAUGAAAGCUGUUCUUUUAUCAAUAGAUAGUGUAAUGAAAAGGCUAUUCUUCUACAUGUGGGCAUGCAAUCUCUUCUAUCUUGGUCAGAGUUCUCAAUAAUCUAUCCGUCCAUCUGAAAUUCCUUGAUAAAUCUAUCCAUAAAAAAUCUAUAUCAGAUGGUACUUGUAUGUGGUUAAUUUCAUGUUGAGCAUGGCCUUUGGUUUUUGAAAUGUUGAAACCGUUACAGUCACUGUAUAACAUUUCGGAUCAUUUGGGAUGCCUGUUACAGAGCUGCAUGAAAUGGAAGGCCUUGCGACCAGGCAAGCAGAUCCAUGCACGGAUAUUCAUUGCAGGCAUAGGGAUGGAGAUUGGGUGUCUGAACGCCAAGCUUGUAGGAAUGUAUGCUGGUUGUGGAGAUGUAGCGUCUUCGAGGCUGGUUUUCGAGCAGAUGCAAAAACCGACCGCCUUUGCGUGGAACUGGAUGAUAUCUGCUUCUGCUUUUGAGGGGGAUUGUGAAAAUGCAAUCCGCCUCUUUGCACGGAUGCAGGAAGCUGGAGCCCUUGCCAACAGAUUCACCUAUUCGUGUAUCUUGAAAGCCUGUGUGGGCCUGUUGGAGAUCAAGAAAGGGAAGGAACUUCAUGGGGUUAUAAACAAAAGAGGAUUUGAUUCUGAUGUUUCCGUGGUGAAUGCUCUGAUUGACAUGUACUGCAAAUGUGGGGAUCUGGAGGCUGCUCGUCGGCUGUUCGACAGAAUGCCUCAGAGAGAUGUUGCUUCAUGGACAUGCAUGAUAUCUGGUUACUUGCAAAGAGGGAAGCUCGAGCAGUCCAUGAUCCUUUUCAAGAGGAUGAAAUUGGAGGGGCCAGAACCAAACGAGUUCACUUGGAAUGCCAUGAUUGCAGGUUAUGCUCAGAAUGGAGACUCUAACAGAGCUUUUGAAUUCCUUGCCGAAAUGAAGAAAGAAGGAUUAGAACCCGAUUUGGUUACCUGGAAUGCGAUGAUUGCAGGUUUCAAUCAAAACCAACAAGGUGUUAAAGCGCUUGAAUUGUUGGGAAAGUUGUUGGCUGCUGGAUGUAAACCCAAUUCAGUAACUGUAGCUGGCUUGCUCCCCGCAUGCGGAUUGAUAGGCUCACUGCGAAAAGGAAAACAGGUUCAUGGCUUGAUCUACCGCAGAGGCCUCAAGCUAAAUAUUUUUACAGUGACGGCUCUUAUUGACAUGUACUCGAAAUGUGGGAGCAUUGAAGAUGCUAGAAAAGUAUUCAAACAGACUAUGACCAGGAACCCUGCGGCGUGGAAUGCCAUGAUCAGCUGCUAUGGGAAGCACGGACAUGUCGAUGCCUCGAUUCAACUGUUUGUUAAAAUGCAAGAUGAAGGCGUGCAGGCAAACCAAGUCACAUUUACAUGCCUGCUUUCUGCUUGCAGCCAUGGGGGACUGGUCGAGAAAGGUUUGGAAAUUUUCAGGUCUAUGAAAGAGAUUUAUGGGGUGGAGCUGAGCAAAGAGCAUUAUGCUUGUGUGGUUGAUCUCCUUUGCCGUUCAGGGCAGCUCGUUGAGGCUUAUGAGCUGGUGAAGAAGAUGCCAAUGGAAGUGAACGAUUCUGUAGUCGGGGCCUUCUUUAAUGGGUGCAGAAUACAUGGGAGGAGUGAUCUGGCGAAGGAAUUGGCAGAGGAGAUAUUACAGAUGGAGUUGUGGAAGCCUGCAGACUUUGUGCUUCUGUCAAAUAUCUAUGCGGCAGACGGAAAGUGGGAGGGGGUGGAAAAAGUGAGGGAGGUGAUGAAGGAAAAGGGAAUUUGGAAAAAACCAGGAUGCAGCUGGCUUGAAAAGAAGGAUGGGUUGGUUGAAUUUAGGGUAGGAAAACAGGCUUCCAAGUCUGAAGUUUGGUCUGGACUGGAGAUACAGGAGCAAGGGAAAUGUGGUUAUGAUAGGGGUUUUAACCAUGGCUGAAAGUACAAUUGAGGAUGAAAUCAUUCUUACAAAGCUGCAACUCCAAAGGGGACGGUUCAUGCUGAAUCUUGUUUUCCUGUGUCUAUUUAAAAAUGGCAUUUUGAGUGUCUGCAUUCAUAUGCUAUUGGGUGCCAAAAGAGGGGAACAUAUUCACCGAGCUGGGAGCUGUAUAGAAUCUUGGGUUUUUUAACUGCCGCUAUGACUGUUGGAAGCCAGGCAGGAUGCCUGUGUUUGUCACCUUGAUUUGAAUUGAUGCAAUUGCGUAAGAAGCCUUGUUUGUUACGGGGAUGCUGCAUAAGUCCUGCUGGACCUAAAACCACAUCAUGGAAGAUCGUCCCCAAAAUUAUAGAUGGAAGAGGGCGCCCUGUUUCAAUGGUCUGUCUCUUUGAAGACUUCACUCUACUAGAGGCACACUCGAAUAGAGUAAAGGCUUUUGCACUUUUUGGUAUUUGGAUCUGAAUGGGAAAAGAAACUGGACUCCCUUUACAAGACUGCAGUGGCUGUUUGGGCAGAAGGAUUUGCAAAGUAAACAUUAGCCUUAUCUGCUAUCAAGAGUUUCUGAGCGCUGGAUACGAGAUAAUUGUUGUCUAAUGAAUCCUAAAUUCCUGCUUUCUAUCUAAACAAGAUCCUUGAAAUCA